AUGUCGAUCGAGAGCUUCGACAAGAUUUACCUCGACCUCUCGAAAGAGGAUGGCAAGUGCAGGUUCGCCAAGGACGGCUUCGGAUGGAAGCCCUCGGGCGGCGGCGACACAUUUACGCUCGACGGCACGCAGAUUGGCAGCGCGCAGUGGAGCCGGGCCGCCCGCGGCUACGAGCUCAAGAUCCUCGACCGCACCUCGCGCGUGAUCCAGCUCGACGGCUUCCAGCACGACGACCACGAGCGCCUGGCCAAGAUCUUCAAGAACUGGUACAGCGCCAACCUCGAGAACAAGGAGCGCGCCCUCCGUGGCUGGAACUGGGGCAAGGCCGAGUUCACAAAGGCCGAGCUGGCCUUCAACGUCCAGAACCGCCCCGCCUUUGAGCUCCCCUACUCCGAGAUCUCCAACACCAACCUUGCCGGCCGCAACGAGAUUUCCAUCGAGUUCGCCCUGCCGGCCGAUGGCGAGGUCGUGCCCGCCGGCGGCAAGGGCAAGAAGGUGUCGGCUGGCGAUGACCAGCUCGUCGAGAUGAGGUUCUACGUCCCCGGUACCACGACUCGCAAGGAGGCCGAGGGUGAGGAUGCGGGCAGCGCCGAUGAGGAGGAGAAGAACGCUGCGACCCUCUUUACGAGACGCUCAUCGAGAAGGCCCAGAUUGGCGAGACGGCGGGCGAUACAAUUGCCACAUUUUUGGACGUUCUCCAUCUUACUCCCAGGUCGUUUCGAUAUCGACAUGUACGAAAGCUCCUUCAGGAUGCGCGGCAAGACGUACGACUACAAGAUUCAAUACGAAGCCAUCAAGAAAUUCAUGGUUCUUCCCAAGCCCGACGACAUGCAUUACAUGCUCUGCGUUGGCCUAGAUCCUCCCCUCCGGCAAGGUCAAACUCGAUACCCCUUCAUCGUUAUGCAGUUUAAGAAGGACGAUGAGGUCACUAUCGACCUAAACCUGCCCGAGGAAGAGCUCAGCGGCAAGUACCAGGACAAGCUCCAGGCUCACUACGAGCAGCCCCUACACGAAGUCGUCACCUUUAUCUUUAGGGGCUCGCCAACAAGAAGAUUAGCACCCCGCCAAGGACUUCCAAACCAAUUCGGCAUCAAAUGUUCCAUCAAGGCCAGCGAGGGUUUCCUCUACUGCCUGGAAAAGUCCUUCAUGUUCGUCCCCAAGCCCGCCACAUACAUCGCCUACGAGCAGACGCAGUCCGUCACCUUUUCCCGUGUUACCGGCGCCGUCGCCGCCCUCUCCACCUUUGACAUCACCGUGCAGCUCAAGAACGGCGCGGGCUCCUCCCAGUUCUCCAACAUCAACAGGGAGGACCUCAAGGGGCUCGAGGAGUUCUUCCGCAUCAAGGGCAUCCGCGUCAAGAACGAGAUCGACGAGGACGCCAAACUUCUCGCCGCCACCCUCCGCGGCGAAGAGCUCUUGUCCUCGGACGACGAAGUCGUUGGUCCCAAAGCCGACCGCGGCUCCGCCGACGAAGACGAGGAGAGCGUCGACGAGGACUUCCGCGCCGAGAGCGAGAGCGACGUCGCCGAAGAGUACGACAGUAAUCACGAGAGCUCGGGCGAGGAGAGCGGUAGCGGCGGCGGCGCCGAGAGCGACGUCGAUGAUGAGAUGGAGGUGGACGAUGACGAUGAUGGCGGCGACGAAGACGAGAAGCCGAAGAAGAAGAAGAAGAAGACGUAA